UCCACCUAUAAAUUACCCCAAACCCUAGCCCUUCUGCCUUCGCCGCUCCACAGGGGAGAGAGAGAGAGAGAGAGAGAGAGAGAGAGAGAGAAUGACGACCCGGUUCAAGAAGAACAGGAAGAAGCGCGGCCACGUCUCUGCCGGUCAUGGCCGUAUCGGGAAGCACCGCAAGCACCCCGGAGGCCGCGGAAACGCCGGCGGGUUGCACCACCACCGCAUCCUCUUCGACAAGUACCACCCGGGCUACUUCGGCAAGGUCGGCAUGCGAUACUUCCACAGGCUGCGCAACAAGUUCCACUGCCCCAUCGUCAACGUCGACAAGCUCUGGUCCCUCGUCCCGCAGGAGGUGAGGGACAAGGCCACACCGGAUAACGUCCCCAUGAUUGAUGUGACCCAGUUUGGAUACUUUAAGGUUUUGGGUAAGGGGGUGCUGCCGGGGGCGCAGCCGGUGGUGGUGAAGGCUAAGUUGGUUUCGAAGAAUGCUGAGAAGAAGAUUAAGGAGGCUGGUGGGGCCGUCGUGCUUACUGCUUAGGUUUGGUUUUUUUUUUGGAUUAUUCUGGUCGAUUUAUCGAUUAGGGUUUUUUAAGUAUUAAUGUUUUGUUGUUAUGUUGAAUUUCGGAGUAAUGACGUUUUUGGGUUUUAUAAGGCAUGAACUUAAUUUACUUUA